UUCAAAUUAUUAUCCAAACCAAUCAUCCAAACCAAUGGGUCUCAUCAAUGAUUAUGUUGAAUUUAUGAAUGAUUCAUAUAAUUUAAUGAAAUGUUCAUCAAAUGAAUCAUAUCGACAACCAUUUUGGUCGGAUUUUUUCCAUUCAAUCAUAAAUUUAUGCCGAAUGAACAAUUAUUAUCGAACUGAAUUCGUUUAUAUUAUCGCAACAUUAUGUGUCAUUUCUCUCAUCAGACAUCUUAUAUUCGAUGUGAUGUGUAAUAUUUUAGUGUCCAAUGGAUAUGUUUUUGAGAAACAUCGAAAUAAAUUUUGUCAUGAUUUUUGGAUUUUUAUUUUUCGUACACCUGUAUAUCUAUUAGCAUGGAAUAUCUACAAUGAAACGGAUACAUUCGAAAAUAUGGGAAAUGUUCAUAUGAUUAUUCCAUUCAAAAUUCGUUUUCUUUAUCUAAUUAGUAUAUCCGAAUAUAUUCAUUCUACUGGUCUUCUAUUGUUUGGCUAUCAUCAUGACAAAGAUGCACCGGUUUGGAUCAUACAUCAUUUGAUUGGCGUUUUAAUAUUAAUUCUAUCCUAUAUUAUUCGACAACAUUUAUUUAUUGUGGCAGGUAUUUUUAUGAUGGAAAUAACAGAUAUAUUUGUUUUCUCGAAAUUCGCCUUAAAAUUACAAAUUCAUUUACUACAAAAAUAUAUCAAUCAUGUGCGAAUCAUUUUUUUCUCCAUUUCACUAUUCGUCUGGUGUUUUAGCCGAUUAUAUGCAUAUCCAUUGAUUUUAUCACCACCUUUAAUGAAAAAUUUUUAUCAACUUUGCCAUUUAGAACGUGGUUCUAUUUAUCUUUUUCUUCAUGGUCUAUCAAUUUUUAUUCACAUAACCAAUAUUUAUUGGACAUUUACUUUGGCCAAAGUUACACUUAUACUUAUUCGAAAAGGAUCAGCAACAAAUAUUGAAGAUGCAAGAGAAUUUGAUUUCACGAUUGAUGAGAAAAAAAUUCAUUAAAUUAUCAAUUAAAAUUGAUGAAAUAAAACAAUCAUUUAAAAUAAAACAAUUUAA